AUGGCGGCUUUUGUUGUUGUAAGCUCCCUUUUGGAGUUAGUGGAGCAGCAGCUUUUGCAACCCAAACCAUGUUUGGUUCUUGAUGAUACAGAAACGAUUGUGUCAUUGAGGGAAAAGCUCCACUUUCUGCAAGCUUUUUUGGAGGAAUCUAACCUGAAAACCGAAGAUCCCGAAGCUAAAGAAAAGUUGGAAACUGAGAUCCAAGAUGUAGCUACUAAAGCAGAAGGUCAAAUAGGAUCUAAACUAAGGCUAGUUUAUUUGGCAGCUAAUGCUAAUGGAGGAGAUCAGUGUUUAGUUGAGGAGGCUUGUCAACGGCUUUAUCAGACCAUGCAACAAGUAGUUAAAGAUAUUAAGUCAGUUGAAAUAAGGAUCCUGAUGCUAAAACCAAACUUAUUCAGUUCAUCAACAAAUGAUUUCAAUGAAGAGAACGUCAUGGUUGGUGUUAGCUCCCCAAGCGAUUUAAUCCCUGAGGAUACACCUAUAGUUGGAUUUGAGGGUGAAGCAAAGACAAUAGUGGGCAUGCUCACAAAUGAGUGGUCAAUAGAACGAGAAGUUAUCGCAAUCUGUGGGGUGGGAGGCCUUGGGAAGAUUACAUUAGCCAAAUCAGUUUAUGAAGAUCCUAAAAUUAAGUAUCACUUUGACAUCCAAGUUCCAAACUAUUUUCAAGUCUCUUCUUUCGGUUGGUGGUUGCUUCAUAAACGGAGGCGGGUGGAGGAGGUGGUGUCGGAGACAGUUUCGGGUAUGGACUGUGAUGCUACGGUUUCAAAAAAUGGCUUGGAGGCGGGUCUUGCGGCGCAGACCCGCCCAGAAUUAUGA